AUGGAAGAAGAUUCAUGGCGGCUUUUUGCAAGUCCCUGGCGGGUUACGAGGUGGGUUAUUCCUGCACCGCGCUCCGCUGCAGCCAAAGGGCAGCGCCAGGGCCCUGGGGCCAGUGAGAGGAGGAAGAAGAAGAAGAAGAAGAAGGCAAAAGACAAGGCCCAGAUUCUGGAGCAGAUUGUGAGCAGCAAGAAGCAGCAGGAGGAGGAAGAGGAGGAGGAGAAGCAGCACGGGCUGGACAGGCAGACCCCGGCACAGGCAGCCUUCGAGAAGAUGCAGGAGAAGCGGCAAAUGGAGCGGAUCCUGAAGAAAGCAUCAAAAACCCACAAGCAGCAAGUGGAGGAGUUCAACAGGCACCUGGAUACUCUGACUGAGCACCAUGACUUUCCCAAAGGCAGCUGGACUGAAUGA